CACACAUUGGCCUUCAUAUUCCUAAAAUUGAGAUGAUAAGAGUUGUUCUGUACCUGAGAGCUCAUUUGAUGAAACAUCUUGUCAUGGUGACUAUCAUUAUGAGAGAAGUCGGAAGCUUUCUAUUUGUAUUUGGCAGCUCUCUUGGAGCUUAUAUACUAGCAAUCCUUACCCCAAUCACGUAUGACUUCUACAACUAUGAUGCUGACCAGAAAAAAUUUGAUGUACUUUUUGUUAAAUUUACACAGGGUUUGCAGUUGUUUGGAGCAUUACAGUUUUUCAUUGACAUGAAGAAUUCAAUGGCAAGAAGUCCA